AUGGAUGCAUCGUUCAUCAUCCGUGUUGACUGCCUCGACAUCCCAAUCACGAUUUUACCCCCGUCCGUAGAUGCAAAUAUUCGGUCGAGGUUGGUUGUGAAAAUUCAUUUGUGCAACCACAAGUGGGACAAAAGAAGGGGACACUUUGACAAUGGCAUAGAAGAAGGGGACACUAUUGUUUUCAACCAUGUUACAGUUGACAUGUUCGAAGUUAUUUUUUUCGAUAAACAAGGAAGUGUGAAAUCUCCUCCCGCUAAGGGAGCUCAUUCACCUUAUGCUGCCAUGACGAACAACGACGAUGUACAACAAAUGGCAGCCGUAUUUCGGGGACCAGGAUGGAGCGAGCAGGACGUGUUGGUGUGUUACAGACUCUUCUUUGAAAAGGCUCUCGCAUUGCCCGACAUUCACAGGCCGUCGGUGUUCAACUCAAUAUGGAAACCACUGGCGCGAGAUUUGUCACAAGUAUUGGGCAGAUCUGUUGAAAGUCGGGCUGUUAGAGAACAAAUACAACGGCUAAGGAACCACUACAACCUUUUCAGGAAGUUUCUGCAGAGAACGCGCUCAAAAUCCAUUCUGAAAGUGGCGAGGGUGAACCAAUUCUAUUGGUUAUACGUGUGGCCCGAGAAAAACCCUAUCGAACGAUUUCUCCAAACAACUGGCUUCAAGUGGCACGACGAAUGCAUGCUG